CUCAAGGCAGGCGGUCACCCGGAUUCAACACUCGGCGCAGACAUGGAUCAAAACGACUCGACGUUUGGAGUUCAGCUCUUUAUUUACGAUCUGUCGAGGGGGAUGGCACGACAACUCAGCCCGAUAAUGUUAGGAAAACAGCUAGAUGGGAUUUGGCACACAUCUGUAGUGGUCUAUGGAGAAGAAUUCUUCUUUGGUGGUGCUGGGAUCUCUAGUUGCCCACCGGGCGGGACGAUGCUCGGACCUCCAGAUACAGUGGUUGAGUUAGGUAAUACAGAGGUGACGGAAGAGAUUUUUAUGGACUAUUUGUCCUCUCUUGGAGAGACAACAUACAGUGGGGACAAGUACAGAUUGUUUGAACACAAUUGUAACACAUUCACUAAUGAGGUGGCCCAGUUUCUGACUGGCAAUAAAAUUCCCACCUAUAUCACAGAUCUGCCCUCCGAGGUUCUAUCCACGCCCUUUGGUCAGGUGCUGCGGCCAAUCCUGGACUCGAUACACAUUGCCCCUCCCGGUGGAAACGUGAUAAGCAGCCACAAGAAUCAUAGUUAGAUCAGCUUUUUUUCACACACACUCAACGAUUCACACAAACAGGUUGUUUAUACUCACACAUUUGGGCUGUUUUAAAUGAAGGUUGCCUCAGAAACCUCAUUUAAUAGAGAAUUACACUGUCAUCCAAAGCUAUACAUUCAGUUUGUUUAUUCCAUGGGGAUCAAACCUACGACUUUGGCGUUGCUAGCGCCAUACUCUACCAGCUGAACUUCACCAACAUGAAUUACAAUGUUGACAAAUAUUUACAUUGUAUAUAAAAAUAUUUAUACAUCAUGAAAGUAUUCCUUAAUGAAGAAAAUCCAAUAUAUGUACUGUAUCUAAACAUCAAUAGUUGCUCAAAUAUUCUAAGACAUUCCUGUUUUGUUUAAAAUGUGAUUUAUGCACAACCCUUCAAACCACUGAUGGUUUAUAUUUUUGCAGUAUUGACUUCUCAGUUUCCAAGGUCUUUAUAGUAUUGUAUGUCUUUUUUCAUCUCUACAGCCCACCACAUGCAAAGGUCAGUUGUUGUUGUAGUUUUCAGUUGACUUUCAAUGACAAUUAAACCUGUUACCCUCUUGUUUUGAUUCCCUUUAAAUCAUGCUUUAUUAAUGUUGUAUUCCCCCAACAAUCUGCUUUUGUUUAUAUGUUUUAAUAGUAUCAAGCCAAAAUAAGACUAAUAAUUUAAUUUUGAACAUCUAUAUUUAUUUAUUUUAGCUAAAUCACUUAAUUAAUAAAAAAUAACAUUUGUUCUUUGUGGCUGUGUCGCUGUGAAAAACGUAUUGCAAGAUUGAAAUGAUUCGGACUCCCAGAUUAGCUCUCUUUCAGAUAAUUGAUACAUUUGCCCUAGAUAUCCAGAGAAAUGUACAUAUCUGUGCCUUUAUCAUGCUAGCUUGGGCACAAGAAACUUUUUAUCAUAACUCUGUUGAGUAAAAUUAAUCUGUGAAUGUCCUCCACCAUUCUGUAUUUAUCCAGCUGAAUGCUAUUACAGUAUAUACACUUUAUGAAACAAAUACAAUUUUAUUUAGUGUGAAAGGAAGGUUUGCUCCUUCCGUCAAGAUGAUAUGAAUAUAUUAUAUUAUGGAUGAAUGUAUUGCUUUGCUAUUUAUUAACUUACUCCUUUUUGGCACAAGUGAAAAUGUUUGUUUGUUGUGUGUAUGCUUCAUGCAGAGAGUAUUGUUUUGUUGGUUUUAUGUUGUACCUGCUCAUUUAAUUGUUGCAAACCCUCAUCUGCACUGAAUUAUUUUGAGUUUUAACUUAUAUUUUAAUGGAAGCCUUCUCAUUAAAGAUAACCAGCAAGUGG